UUGUGCAUCAUUUGUAAGAAAACGGACAAGUACAUUACUGUGGCAGGCAAACGCCAGAAGGACCAUCUUUCACAGGCAGAAACAUUGUCAGCAGGUGGGCCAGUUGCUGAAAGCUGCUGAGAUGAAAGAAGACACUAGCAUUCUUGUACAUAUUCAAGACAAAACCAGCAGCAUACGAUUUUCGUUUUUUUAAAUUCACAAUUAUACACAUUUAUGGAUUGUGACAAAAAAAACUGCAGGAUAUUUUGCGGAGAACUUUAAACAAAGUCCAAUAUGGUGUUGUCUAUGCAAAAAUGCAUUUAAAAAGUAGUGCCCAGGGGUGGGAACGAAAAUCACUUUCUAGCCUCUUUUUCCUAGUUCACCUUAUGGCCUAUGCAGUUCCCCGUCGGUCGUGUUCACAGGCUUCUCCGCAAAGGCAACUAUGCCGAGCACGUCGGUGCCGGAGCUCCCGUUUAUCUGGCCGCUGUCCUCGAGUACCUCACUGCUGAGAUCCUGGAGCUGGGUGGAAACGCCACUCGGGACAACAAGAAGUCCCGUAUCAUCCCCCGUCACCUGCAGCUGGCGGUGCGCAACGACGAGGAGCUGAACAAGCUUUUUGGUGGCGUGACCAUCGCUCAGGGUGGCGUGCUGCCCAACAUCCAGGCCGUGCUGCUGCCCAAGAAGACCGAGAAACCCGCCAAAGCCAAGUAAACCGAGUGGCGUUUAUUCUCCAACCAAAGGCUCUUUUAAGAGCCACA